AUGUCAGUUACCACAUUUUGUGCUUUAAAAAAAACUGACAAGUGCAAUAUUUAUAUUUCAAAAAGGGCUUUCUCUGUGUUUUUAUUUUAUUUGUUUUUUUUUUUAUUCUUCCAUUUUUAUUUUCUAUGUUCAUCAUUUGCUGUUAUCGUACAUGAAAGUAAAAAAAGAAAAAAUAUCAUGAGAAGGAAAAGGCCAAUACUACAAAUAUUUGAAAAUUGUAUAAAAAGGAAAGAAGGGAAAUAUAAUUUUACUAAAAGAUAUAUAACUCAUUAUUAUAAUAUCCCGCUAAAAAUCAAAAAAAAUGAUUUCGCCAGUGUUAUAAAAUAUUUUUCUCAUAAACCUAAUGGAAAGUAUAAUUAUGUUACAAAUAUUAUUACACAAAAGAAUAGAAGAUCGUUUCUAUUUUUCUUAUAUAAUAAGUAUUUCUCAGGAAAACAAGAACAAAUAAGAAAAAUUAAUUAUCAUCAAGAAAUCAAUAAAAUAAAUAUAAAAAAUGAUGGGAAUCGAAAAAUAUAUAUGUACCCAAAAAAUGAUAUGCAUGAACAGGAUGAUGAUCUUAAGAAUAAUAUGGAAAUAAAUGAAAAAACAAAUGAACAAAAUUGUAAAUCGUUUAAUGAUGAAAAAAAAGAAAAUGCUAGAGAUCAAAACAAAAUAUUAUAUCUGAUUAACCCACGUGGUUUUUGCAAAGGUGUUAGUCGGGCUAUAGAAACCGUAGAACAGUGCUUAAAAUUAUUUAAACCGCCUAUAUAUGUAAAACACAAAAUAGUUCAUAAUGAUGUUGUUUGUAAAAAAUUAGAGAAAGAAGGAGCAAUAUUUAUUGAAGAUUUAAAUGAUGUUCCUGAUGGACAAAUAUUAAUUUAUUCAGCACAUGGUAUUAGUCCACAAAUACGAGAUAUAGCAAAAAAAAAAAAACUAAUAGAAAUAGAUGCUACAUGCCCUUUAGUUAAUAAAGUACAUGUAUAUGUACAAAUGAAAGCAAAAGAAAAUUAUGAUAUUAUUCUUAUAGGAUAUAAAAAUCAUGUAGAGGUUAUAGGUACCUAUAAUGAAGCACCACAUUGUACACAUAUUGUUGAAAAUGUUAAUGAUGUAGAUAAAUUAAAUUUCCCAUUAAAUAAAAAAUUAUUCUAUGUUACACAAACUACACUAAGUAUAGAUGAUUGUGCUCUUAUUGUACAAAAACUCAAAAAUAAAUACCCACAUAUUGAAACCAUACCUAGUGGAUCCAUAUGUUAUGCUACCACAAACAGACAAAUGGCUCUUAAUCAAAUAUGUACAAAAUGUGAUCUUACCAUAGUUGUUGGUAGUUCCUCAUCUUCAAACGCAAAAAAAUUAGUCUAUUCAUCACAAAUCAGAAAGGUACCAGCAGUAUUACUUAAUACAAUACAUGAUUUAGAUCAACAAAUACUUAACAAUGUUAAUAAAAUAGCACUAACUUCUGCUGCCUCAACCCCUGAGCAAGAAACACAAAAAUUUGUAAACCUACUAACAAAACCCCCAUUUAAUUAUACCUUACAAAAUUUUGAUGGCGUUCACGAAAAUGUUCCCAAAUGGAAGCUUCCCAAGAAUCUCUUGGACAUGAUAAAAAAAAAAAAAAUAUAA